CGGACUCUAGGUUCGUCGGGUCUGCUCAUGAAUACAUAUAUCUUCAACAAUUACUUGAUAUUUAUUCCCUCUGACCGUCCAACUUCGCAGUGGGGCAGUCUCGGACUUUCGUCUGUCACUUUUCCAUUCUUCCUUGUUCAACUUUAGUCACUCCUUUACUUGGCAUUGCCAGUGCCUGCUUGCGCCAGUGAUGUCCCCCUCCAUCGAUCCUGUUGCACGCAACAUCACUAUACUAACAACGACAUUAACUGGGCUCAUGGUCCUCGAGUAUUUUUGGUUUCUGUCCGAUGAAAUCAAGCUGGUCUGGCCGCGAUUUUGGAAGACUGCCGAAGCUACAAUUUAUGUGAUGACCAGGUAUGCCGGUUUAGCCGGACAAAGUUUCAACAUUUGGUUUGCGUUGAGGAUGGCCUCGGGGGUUCCCAAUAGUCCGUCUACUUGCAGAGUAUGGAGCUUGUACCAGACCGUGAUAAUUCAGUGUCUGUUACUUUCAGUGGAGUUGCUACUCAUGCUGCGGGUGUACAAAAUGUACAACAAAGGCAAACCUAUCUUUGCACUCUUGUUCAUCUUCAGUGGCGCGCAGGUUGCCGCUAUGGCAGUCAGCGCUCGAUUAAUCAUAACUGGCACUCGCUAUUCCCCCACUUGCGUCAUAAUCUCGCCUCAUCACAGUCGAAUCUAUGUCGGCGUCUCAAUCAUUGUAACCUUUGCGUUCAUCCAUUUUACAAUGCUAUGGCGGUUUUUUAGAAGCACAUCCAGCAGAUCAGAAGCUCUGCGUGCUUGGCUCAAGCUUGCAGUCCGCGACGGUAGCUACACGGCCAUUGCGAUAAUAGUGAUCGUCAUCUUCAUGUUUCUCUGCAGCACGCACGUCAUCGACACAAAGAUGAGUGGAAACAUAAUCUUUUACGUACUGCUUUCCUGCCUUUGGUUUGCUGUUGAGUGCGAGAUCUUGGGCGGUCAUUCUCUUUCCUCAUUCACUUUUUCAGGCUGGACGUAUAGUUCUUCACCAAGAGAAAUUCCGUAAAAUCCAAGAAUCCCAGAGGGGUGAUGUUAAUGAUCCAAGUCGGUGGACUCAGACAAUCGAGGUGGACCUUGAUGACGUCGCGUCUUUUGAUGACCCCGAUGCAUGUCCGCCAAGUCCCUCCAGUUUGGAGGUCGAGUCGACCGAAGUUUCUACCCCGCUCGACUCUAUGUCAGACGCAGGAACGAGGGAUAUCGCUGACGAACACCUUUGGGAGUGGGAGGAGGACAAUGCGCCGCUGACGAGCUGCUCGUCUACAUUCAUGCUCAUCGAAAGAUGCAUCAGUAGUGAGGGAUCAAACUCUAUGACGUAAAGUAAAUCCAUUUGUUUUAUGAGACAAUCAUGAGUCGAGUCCGUAGUACAUGGCAUAUCACUAAUAGUUU